UAACCAACAUGACGGCCACACGAGUUCUGCUGAUUUUGCAACUGCUAGCUUGCUUGAUGACCCUAAUAUCGGGCUCCAACCUGAAGUCCUGCCAUCCAUUCAUUGGCCUGAACAACUGCGUUGCUAGUGGCUACAAGGAGCCCAAGCUUCCGCCCCGGGACAAUGCCUGCUGCGGACCCCAUUGCGUCUACAAGGGUCCAAGUGUUUCAUGUACCGGUCCCUGCAACAACAAAGCCGUGAAUCGUUGCCUCCUGGACACACAUUGUGGCGCAGGCCAGGCCUUCUCCUUCGUAUGCAUGUCAGAUUGCGAGCUGGCUAAGAAAAAUACCAAUCGCCUGGCAGCUGGAUAUGCCCGUCUUAUUUCCUUCCCCAUGGCCAAGAACAAGUGCCUGGCCAUGAACACCAAAUGCGGCAUCAAUUGUUGCUGUCGUGAGAAUUGUCCUAAUCGGUUUUGUAAAUUUUAAUGCCCUCAAUAAAGAUUUUUAAAAGUUAAAUCUCUGCUAUCGGUUCAAAAGAAAGCAUCAAAUUGGCGCUUAAAUUCAAAUAACACCCAUGCAGUGUUGUUAAAUGCGCGAAGUACAGUAAUGUGUG